UUGCUACCUCCUGGCAUUACUUAGGCAGGUGGUGAGCUACGAUUUUGGCUUUAUGCCAAACUGUUCAUUUUAUUGUUAGCUCAUUUUCCUAUUUACUAACCCCUUCUCCUCCCCCCCCCACCGCAUUCCCCCAAUUUUUUUCCAUUUCAUCCACUUGUUACAUCCUGCCAGAUGCAGACUGUGCACUCCCUGGGGCCGGGAUGUCUCCUGUGCCAUUGGUCUGCACAGUGCCUAGCACAAUGGGGCCCAGUUAUCAGAAUAUGAACACUAACAUGUUCUCUUUAGAAAGCGAAAACUAGUGGCUUAGUCCAAACCAGAUGCAUUGGGAGCAAAAUGUUUAAUGAAACCUAGGACCUGUCUCUCCAAGGCUUACGUAGUAGCGCGUGCAGGGUUCCUUACGGAAACUGAGCAAGGCAGGCUCAUAACCCAUCAGUAAUUCAGUACAGUUGGCAGCCUGAACACUGAGGACUCCAUUGAAUGGAGUUAAAGUCCACACUCAGUCAUCUUUUUACAACAGAUUUUUUUUUUGCCAGGCAGGAUGGCAAAGGUUGAAUUGGCUCUGCCGGCUUGUGGUCAGGUUUGUGGGCACGGGAAAUGCCUCCGUGUCAGGAAGGUAGGAGCCCUCUCCCCGUUAUAAGUGCAAUUCCCUUAUCUUAUCAGUGGUGCAAACUCUGUAACGACCUUUGUCCUGAGUAUUUGGAGGAGUAAAGUUCACCAGUAAGUAAACUGAUUGCAAAGGCGCUUACUGUUGCAAGGGAAUCUGAAAACCGCAUUGAUUUGUUAGUGGUGCCCUGCAGGAAUAUCACAUGCCGGCUCCUGAGAGUAAAGCGACAAUGCAGAGCUAGCACUCUUACCAGCUGGAUGAACCUCAACUGAUGCUUCCCCUUUGGCUUAUUUAUAUUUCUCUUUCCCUUGCAGCUGUGUAAAUGAGUAUGGAAGAUUAUGAUUUUCUGUUCAAAAUUGUUUUAAUUGGCAACGCUGGCGUGGGGAAAACCUGCUUAGUCCGACGCUUCACUCAGGGGCUUUUCCCACCAGGUCAAGGAGCCACUAUCGGAGUUGACUUUAUGAUUAAGACUGUGGAGAUAAAAGGUGAAAAAGUGAAGCUGCAGAUCUGGGACACGGCGGGGCAGGAGAGAUUCCGGUCCAUUACGCAGAGUUAUUAUCGCAGCGCUAAUGCAUUAAUAUUGACCUAUGACAUAACCUGUGAAGAAUCCUUCCGAUGCCUUCCCGAAUGGCUGAGAGAAAUAGAACAGUAUGCCAGCAAUAAGGUCAUAACUGUGCUAGUGGGUAAUAAGAUUGAUUUAGCUGAGAAAAGAGAAGUCUCCAAACAAAGAGCUGAAGAAUUUUCAGAGGCCCAAAACAUGUACUAUCUGGAAACUUCUGCUAAAGAAUCGGAUAACGUGGAAAAACUCUUUCUGGACUUAGCUUGCCGGCUGAUCAGUGAGGCAAGACAGAAUACGCUUGUGAACAAUGUGGCAUCCCCGUUACCAGGAGAGGGGAAAAGUAUCAGCUAUUUGACUUGCUGCAAUUUCAAUUAAGGGCAGGCCCAAGAUCCACCCCAAAAGGGCCAAGAGGUUUUUUGCUGAGAUUUAUCUCAGUGAAGGCAAUUCCUGCCACUUUGACCCAUCUGACUCACACCUAAGUCAGGUUCCUGAUCUUAAAGCAUGGCAGGCUGGCCGCUCCACCUGCAAGUCAACAUAGCAGAAUAUAAUACGGUUUAAUCUUUUUUGCAGUCUCUGGAGUUGGUUAGGAAAAAUAGUUUGCACAAGGCGCUCAUUCAAAUCCAGAGCAUGGGCUGCUACGUCACUUUCUGUUGGAGAUUAGAACAGCCUCCCUGGAUGAUACGGAAGAAUGCAGGAUCUCUUUUGCAGCACGCGUUUGGUCUUUUUAAAAAAAGAUGAACUUUAAGUCUUGGACUAUACAGUACUGGCAUUCUUCCAGGCUGCCAGCCAAAUGAAUGCUUAGGAUGUGUAUAUGCCCACAGCAUCCUGAUGCAGGACUCAAUUGUAUGUUUUGAAUUAGUGUUAUAUCUUUCAUCCGCAGGCACUUUCAUGAACUUGGAAUUAAAAACAUAUAUAUCAACAUUUCCAAACAAACAACAAUUUGGAAAAAGAUAUGGAUACUGGCUUAGUCACUCCGUUUGGUGCUAGUACUUCAGCUGAAUAUUUCAUAGACCAAACCUAGUUUUAUUACAUGACUGUCCUCUGAAUGUGUAACUUAGAGUAAGUAGUGAAAGUAUGCUAAUAAGUACUGUCCAUAAAAUAUCAUUACCUCUUUUUCUCAGCCUGAACAUAGUGGGUAAGGACUGUGCUUCUUUGAUGUCAAUUGUGGGGGUGAAAAGACUUUUCUUGAGUCAAAAAAGCUCCGUAAACAGUAAUUUCCUAAUGUAAUGAACUAGUUUUGAGAAUACUGACUGAUGGAGUUGUAAACAGAUCAGAUCUGACCAAAAUAUUGUGUGUGCACUGAUCAUGUAUAAGGGUUCAAAGGCAGAGCACAGUUUAGAUGGCAGUCCAGUGUGUUUGAGUAAUGAAAGCUUGUAGUUACAGGUCUUGCUUGAGAAGCAAGCAUACAAUUUUGUAUGGUUUUUUUAAGCUUAAGUGAAAAUGGCAGCAAGUGGUGGUGUUAAUCAUUUUGUGUCUUACUCAUCCAGUGAUCAUCUUAUGAAACUGUACCUUGGAGAAGCAAUUCACGGUACCAGUUUGGCAUCGACUCUGUAUUAUAGUAGCUUUUGGAUCCAUGACCAUAGAUUCAUUUAAUUUUCUUGUUACUUUGUACUCUUAAGUCUCCGAUUCCAAUGUAUGUAUAAUUAUUUGCCUAGGCAAGUUCUUUAUAUAAAACCUCUAAUGUGGAAGCACUAUGGUAUUUGUUAUAUUACACCUCUAGUGCCAUGUUCUAAUAAUACAUUGGACUUUACACAUUGAUGUUAAAGCAAAAUUGGAAAAGAGGUUGGACGCAUACAUAGCAAAUCAUUCUUAAACGUUUGGUAUCCGUUUUAUUGACCUGAAUGAGGCUAAAACUCUUGGUAACUUUGUGGCUGUGAUACAUUGUAACUUAGCAUUAAUCAGCUCGAUAUCAUGUAUUAUUUGCUGAAGAUGUUGACUGGCCUUUUGUAUUAACAUGAAAAAAGCUGCCAAUAAGUAAAUCUUGAAAAUAAAAAUGGCCUUUUAAAA